GGAAAACGUUAUUCGAUGACGUCACCGCUGGCAUUUACGGAGACGGGCUGAAGCGAGUUUUUGGCAAAUACAAGCCCGGACUGUGGAAUGCCGUCACGACAGAGAGCAUAGAAGACGUGCGCAGACUUGUCAACGUGUGGUGUCGCACGGACGUGUCGCACGGGGGCGUCACUGUCGUGCAGAAGGCCAUACAGCAGGGCAGCGAGUCCAUAGUCAAGCUCAUUCAGCCAAUUAUGCCUUCCAUGAAACUAGCACACGCUGUGCUCGCACAGGACCUGGGAUCGGUGAAGUCGUUGUGCCAAGAAAAGGUUAUUAACAUGGGAUUCAGAAAUUUGGGUGAUCACGGAGCCUCGAUCCUGUACUACGCUGUGCGGUCAGACAACCUCGCCAUAGUGAAGGAGCUGCUAGCUAACAGAGUCAAAGCAGACGUCACCAUGGAGGAUUCACACGGGGUUGACAUUUCCAUGAUACUGGCUGCCAUUUUCAAUCAUCCAAGUCUAUCAAGAGAGGUUGUGAGAGUAGUCUGUGAGCAUAUAGCAUAUCUACACACGCUGUACUACAAGGGGCAUAACUGCAUGAUGGCAGCCAUCGACAAUGAUGUUAGUCUGCCCAUAUGCCAAGAGUUGCUCAGCUGCGGCGGUCCGUCCCUGCUGUGCGAUAGGAGUCAGGCGAAUCUGACUCCUCGUGACUACAGCGAGAAGCAGGGCAAGUCGCAGUACAUCCACGUCAUCGAUAAUCUCGUCUACGACUGGGUCACGCAGCCGACCAAGCACCCAGGCAAGCGGUCCCAGCUCCCGAUGCUCGGCUACAAUCACAUACGACACGCCACCUCGAUGGAGGGAGUCAGCGUAGAGGAUUUUGCCAAGAGCAGCCCAGAUGUACAAAAGUAUUUAGAGGAAAUCGACAAGGUUCAGGAACGAAUCGCGAGGUUGGCGCUGUUUCUACAAAGAGGUGAUACGAUAAAGUUCAAACAGCAGUUUUGUGAUGUCUCAUUAUUAGCCAGGAGGAGGGGGGACGGCCUACCUUUGUUACACGCCGCCGUCCUUAACAGGCAGUACGAAAUCGUAGAAUACAUGAUCUUCCAUAAAGACGAACACCUACAUGUAGACGAAGUCAGGGACCUUACUGGACGCACGGCGUUGCACUACGCAUGCGCGAUGGAGGGAGUCAAGCACAUAGAGUACCUUCUCUCGGAGCAGGGUGCCUGCGAGUACAUCGUAGAUAAGCGAGGCUUCAUGCCGGUGGACUUCAGGGAGCGGCGGGGAACGAACGCGAUGCUGACGCUACUGCAGCGGCAGAUCGAGCGCGACUACGGCACGCCCGAGCCGAACCCGUGGCAGGUGCAGAAGCGCCGCUCGGCACCGUCACCAUUUAGCGCCAUGCCGCUGCUCAUGCAUCCCCUCAUCAACCCGCACGUGCACCCGCAUCCGUCGCACCCGCUGAAUCUGCACGGGUACGGAGCGAUGGGCGCGUUGGGUCCGAUGGGAGCAACGUACGUGGACAGCGUGUCCGAGGAUCAGGUAUCAUAUACGAAGGGCAGCCAUCAGAAUCUGCGCAAGGCGAAGAGCAAGGCCGGCUCGUCGUGUCGCGUGAUGUGAGCAGCAACAGUGAGCAGAGAUCGACGUCAGGGGGCGCGGUAGUAGUGCAUGCGCGCGCGGGCGGGAGAAAACCAGAGCACGUUUAUCAUGAUGUAUAUAUGAUAUGUAUAUGAUAUGUAUAUGAUAUGUAUAUGAUAUACGUGAUAUAUAUCACGUGUCAUCAUAUGUACUCA